AUGGGGAUGGUGGGCUUCGACUGCGUGUGUCCCCACACGCUCGGUGCGUGGAUAAAGCAGCUUCGGUCUCUUGGGUAUCCGACGUGGGAUGAUAUCGGCUUAGAUUCGGAGGGCGCGUACGCGUUCUGCUAUACGAGGGAUCGUGGACCAGACGAAGCACAUGCGUCAAAGCUCCUCGCCGCGAUGUUAGCACCCCGGGGCAAUAUCUUGUUCAUGGGUAGUGAUUGUCAAGAACAUGCGCGACAUCUAAUUGCACUGGAUUGCCGAAAAAUCGCAGAUGGUUUUUUAAAGCAUCGUGGAUCCAAGCGAACAUACUUCUCCACACUGGCCAAACUAGCGAAUGUCAUUCGGGAGGUGAUCAAAGAGCUCUAUCACAACUUCUGCAAUCUAUAUGGUUACAUGGAUGACAACAGAUGCAUGAAGAAACCCUUUCCUUCGUGCGUUGCUGGCCGGUGGGGCUCGGUCGACGUUGUUGAGGAACCAUCUUGGAUAUUGGCCCAGAUCGGUUGA